AUGCUUUCCACGGCUGUAUCUUCUGUGCCCUGGCAUGAAGCUGUUUCUAUUGUGGGUGUUAUCGUCCUCAUUCCAUUAGUUAUUUUCUAUCUCUUCCCACUCGAUGUUUGGUACCACACAUUUGCCUCAUGGAAGAAGGCAUUCGAUGAUGAAAAGCCCAACGAUAUCAACGAAUAUAUCCACAACUCUCAAGAACUGUUCAAACAGGGUCUUUCUAAGGUAUCUAAUCUUCCAGAUGAUCUCACUCCAUGGUGCGACAACGGUAUCAAGACCAUACUGGCUCCAAAGUUCGCGAAUGAGAUUGCCAAGUCCCCUAUACUCAACUUCACUAAAAUUAUAGAAACCGAGUUCCACGCCAAUGUUAAAGGAUUUUCCCCAUUUGGAGAGCUUGCCAAGCGCGAAGAUAUUUUCGUAGACGCGGUACGCAUCAAACUCACGCAGGCACUUGAAGAGACGUCUAUCUCUCUCCGGAACCGUUGGACCGACAACGAAGAAUGGCACGAUCUGUCCCUCAAGCAGAGCAUCCUCGAAAUUGUCGCUCAACUCUCGUCAAGAGUCUUCUUGGGCGAAAAGAUCUGCCGAAACCCCGAUUGGCUUCGAAUCACCGUCGACUACACUGUCAAUGCCUUCCAGGCAGGGAACAAACUUCGACUGUGGCCGGAGCUCACCCGCCCAGUCGUCGCUUAUUUCCUUUCCUCAACUCGUAAGGUGCAGCAUCAACUCCGGGAAGCAGAGAGAAUCAUUAAACCGGUCUCCAAGGGCCGCCCUUAUGAUCCCGCUGCCUUGCAAUUGACUUUCUCGUGGGUGGCGAUUCACACUACAUCGGACAUGGUGACACAAGCGAUUUACGAUCUUUGCGAGAGACAGGAACUUGUUGAGGAGCUACGAAAGGAAGCUAUCUCCGUGGUUUCGAGCGAGGGAUGGAAGAAAUCCGCCAUGUACAAGCUGCAAUUGAUGGACAGUUUCUUGAAGGAAUCGCAGAGAAUGAAGCCUAUCAGCAAUGUAUCGAUGCGCCGUAUCGUCGGAAAGGAUUUCGAACUCAGCGACGGCACCAACAUCCCGAAAGGUGUACAGCUUAUGGUCUCAGCUGACUGGCACUGGAACUCGGACUUCUAUGAGAACCCUCUGGUAUUCGACCCCUAUCGCUUCCUGAAGAUGAAACAGAUCCCGGGACGGGAGAGCCAUGCCCAUCUCGUUUCUCCGUCUCCCGAGCACAUGGGUUUCGGUUAUGGCAACCACGCUUGCCCUGGUCGGUUCUUCGCUGUCAAUGAGAUAAAGAUCCUGUUAUGUCACUUGCUCUUGAAAUAUGAUCUCAAGCCUGCAGAAGGGUCUGUUCCUACCGUUCUGAGAUAUGGAGUUGCGAUGAACUCCGACCCACAGGCAAAGAUCUCAAUUCGCCGGCGGCACGAAGAGAUUGUUCUUGAGGAGAUCUCGUGA